AUGGCGAGAGACAAGGACGGGCUUGAGAUUUCGAUCCCUCUUCGUCUCUACCGCUCUGACCUGACCACCCCCUCUCUAUCCACAGCGCCGUUUAGGUUAGAUGAAGGUUAUUCGGAUGACUCUCGAAGCCAAGCAGAUAAGGAGCUCUCGCGUACUCCCUCGGACGAUGUGAUGUCCAUUCCUGAAUGGGUGCUUGCUCAUAACGAGGUCGAAAGAGCUGAGAUCGCGUACAACCUUCUCCUCACAUUGCGCACAUCUACUGUCGCUUCAGUCGUGGAGCGAUUAACCCCGCUGUUGCAUAUGGACCCCGUCCUCAAGCUCCCACCGGAAAUCACCUCCGAAAUCUUCUCAUAUCUUGACCCUCGGACACUGCUGACAGCGUCCUUGGCCUCACGGGCCUGGCGGAGUCGUGUCUUUGAUUCACGCUUGUGGAAAGACCUAUAUAUUGGUGAGGGAUGGCGUGUGGAUAUUGAUGCGAUCCACGCUUUCGAGCAGGAACAUUCCGCAUUGCCCCAAUCUCGAAAAUCGCGCUCGAGGUACGCAGACACAGACCUAGGCGAGCCGAAACUGAAAAAGCGCGUACCUUCUGGGUGGCUGGACUCGCGGUCUAUGGGAUCCGACGAUAACAGCGUAAGUGCUGCAGAGGUCCAACAAUUGCAGGUCGCCCAGAAGGUCGAAAUAGACGGCGACCUUCCAUUAUCUGAGUUACAAAAUACGUCUUCCUCUAAUCCGCGGGAGACUGAGAACAAGGAUGGUCCCCAAAUUUACCCGCCAAAAGCGAUCCAAAGAACACUAUCAGCCAAAUCACCCCUUCUUAUCCGAAUGCCCAAUGGGUCCGCCAAGGUUGACUGGCCUUAUUUAUACCGUCAACGCCGGCGCUUGGAAGAUAACUGGGUCAAAGGACGAUACACAAAUUUCCAACUUCCGCACCCCGCGCAUAUGGACGAGGCUCAUGGGGAAUGUGUCUAUGCGAUCCAGUUUAUUGGCAAAUGGCUAGUCAGUGGCAGCCGGGACAAAACCGUUCGAGUAUGGGACUUGGAGACAAAGAGGCUGUGGCACCGCCCGCUCCUUGGACACAAAAAAUCAGUGCUUUGUCUUCAGUUUGAUCCUAGCCCGUCUGAAGAUAUUAUCGUAUCCGGCAGCAGCGAUAAGAGCGUGAUCGUAUGGCGAUUCUCCACCGGCGAAAAGAUCCAUGAAAUUGUUCCUGCGCACGAUGACUCUGUGCUGAACCUCAGAUUUGACAGUCGGUAUCUUGUCACUUGCUCAAAGGAUAAACUUAUCAAAGUCUGGAACCGACGCCAUUUAUCGCCGCUCGACGAGGCCUAUCCUAAUGUCUCUCACGGAGUUGGAGUUACAUACCCGCCGUAUAUCAUUGACACUAGCGAGAUACCGUCGCCGGUUUUAGAGGCUGAGAUCGCCAAAAACCAUAUCCGUACUCUCGCACCGUAUUCUCUGCUGAUGGCGCUCGCCGGGCACACAGCUGCCGUCAAUGCUAUUCAGUUGAACAAUGAUGAGAUUGUUUCAGCUUCUGGCGACCGGAUGAUCAGGGUCUGGAACGUCCGCAAUGGUGUCUGCAAAAGGGUAAUCCCUGGUCAUGAAAAAGGCAUAGCUUGCGUUCAGUCGGAUGACAUGCGGAUUGUUAGUGGGAGCAACGAUAACACUGUUCGUAUCUUUGACCACGUCUCCGGCGCGCAAGUUGCUUGUCUUAAAGGGCAUAGCAAUCUGGUCAGAACUGUUCAAGCCGGCUUUGGAGACCCUCCCGGCUCGGAAGAGGCCCUCAGACUCGAAGCCCUGGCGGUUGAUCAGGACUUUUGGGAUGCUCAGCGCUCUGGCCAAGCCGUCGAUCUCGGGCCUGCUGCCAUGAGACGCGCUGGCUAUCGGCAGAACACGGCUGGAUCAAGAGACCCACGCGACAUCAACGCAGUAGGUGCUCUCAUUCCACCAGGAGGAGGUGGAAGCAAAUGGGGGAAAAUCGUUUCCGGCUCGUACGACGAGUCCGUCAUUAUCUGGAGAAAGGACAGCAAUGGAGAGUGGGUUGUUAGUCAGACACUGCGACAGGCUGAUGCUGCUGCCAGAGCAGCUCACAUCGCCCAAACGAACACACCCUCACGGUCUGGCCCUUUGCGAGGCAAUGCUUUUGCUCAGCUAGCUGCUUUGGCAGCACAAGCUCGCCCAGCGCCACCACAACCCUUGCUAUCUGCCCCUGUCAGCAACACCGCCUCGAAUCAUCAAGGGAACCCAAGCAACCCCGAGCCAUUAAACACAGGCCAAAACCCACCGCAAAAUGACGAAUCCCCCGUCCUACCGAACUAUGCGAACUUCAUGAACCUCGUUGCCACCAAUCUCCAUCUACGACCCCCAGCCCAAUCACCUACAUCUCGAAUAUUUAAGCUUCAAUUUGAUGCCCGCAAGAUAGUCUGCGCCAGCCAAGACCCUCGAAUCGUCGUAUGGGAUUUUGUCGGCGACGAUGAGGAGCUCAACGAAGCUUGCCAGUUCUUCACUGGGUUAUGA